UAGCUUACAAACUUUGCCACAUUACGAGAAUGCGUCUCACAUGACUACUGCAGAUUUUAAUAACAGACCCUCCAAUGAAUCUCUUUAUUUAUACCAACAAGAUAGCGCUAGUAAUGCACAAAACGCGGAAACAAUGAUUCCAAUUCAUUCUUUACAAUUUAAUUCAAAUUAUCAGGCAUCUCUUCUUUCUCUGUCUGACUAUUUAAUUAAUUCUCAAGAAGGUGUUUAUUAUUUAACUUAUGCAAAUACGUUUUCCUUUGGAUCAGUAAUUGGCUUUCCAAGUAGCGAGGAUCGUGUUCAAGGUAAUUAA